GUUGCAUCACUAAUUUUGUAGAGAAAAAAAAAUAGCAGCCUACUUCAAAUAUACUGUACUAACAAAUCUUACUGGAUCGCCGGUGCAACGUAGUGGGGAAAUUCCCUAGUUUAUAUAUCUCCAUUAACAAUCAUUGAAUUAACAAUAUAAAUUCUCCCACUUUCAUCACUACUUGCAGGUUUUUGCACCUCAUAUGCCAACUUCCUCUUGCUCAGGAGUGCCAUCACCGUAGCCUCAAGUCCCAACCUCCAUCAUCUACUCUACCAUGGCAUCCAAAAGAACAUGGCAGCUUUGGAUGCCCUCCCUUCUCUCACAUGCCCUCCUCUUUCUCACAGCCACCUCCCAGUCCAUGGAUGGAGAUGACCUCUCAGCACUCCUGUCAUUCAAAUCCCUCAUCAGAAACGACCCAGGACAGGUGCUGUCCUCCUGGGACGCACUCAGCAACGGCACCAACACCACGGCACUAGAAUUCUGCCGGUGGGCCGGAGUUUCCUGUGACGAUAGCCGGCACCCAGGUCGUAUUACCGCCAUUCAUCUGCGCAACACUGGCCUAGUCGGCACCAUCUCCCCGCGGAUUGGUAACUUGACCCUCCUCCGUGUCCUUGAUUUGUCUGCCAAUAGCCUUGAUGGCGAUAUCCCGGCCAGCCUUAGUGGUUGUCCAAAGCUUCAUGCCAUGAACUUGAGCAUGAACCACCUGUCAGCUGCCAUACCUGAUGAUCUUGGUCAGUUAUCACAGCUUGCCAUAUUCGACGUCGGCCACAACAAUCUCACUGGUGGUAUUCCCAAGUCACUCUCCAACCUCACAUCACUUGUGAAGUUUAUUGUCGAGAGGAACUUCAUCCAUGGACAGGAUUUGAGCUGGUUGGGCAACCUGACAUUGUUGACACACUUUGUUCUUGAAGGGAACCGUUUCACUGGUAACAUCCCUGAAACUUUUGGUAAAAUGAGAAAUAUUAUUUACUUUAGUGUCCAAGGUAACGAGUUCGAAGGCCGUGUUCCACUACCGAUCUUCAAUAUUUCUUCCAUUAGAUACCUAGAUCUUGGGUUCAACAGACUGUCAGGGUCACUUCCACUCGAUAUCGGUGUUAAGCUUCCCAGAAUAAAACGCUUUAACACACUUGCUAACCAUUUUGAGGGCAUAAUACCACCCACCUUCUCAAACGCGUCUGCACUUGAAUACUUGCUUCUUCGUGGAAACAAAUACCAUGGCUUGAUUCCUAGGGAAAUUGGCAUCCAUGGUAAUCUGAAGGUAUUGAUGUUAGGAGAUAAUGCACUGCAAGCAACACAGUCUAGUGAUUGGGAAUUUUUUACAUCAUUAACCAACUGUAGCAGCUUGUUAGCAUUAGAUGUUGGACACAACGACCUUGUUGGUGCAAUGCCAGCUAUCAUUGGAAACCUUAGCAAAGAGCUCUCAUCGAUUGACCUAAGUUACAACCAAAUAAUCGGGACCAUACCUAAAGAUCUGUGGAAGUUUAAACUUACAUCUCUCUCCUUGUCAUAUAACCUCUUCACAGGAACCUUACCUCCUGAUAUUGGCCAACUUCCAAGAAUCAAUAAAAUCUACAUAUCACAUAAUAGAAUCAGUGGGCAGAUACCACAAUCAUUAGGUAAUAUCUCACAGUUGAACCUCCUUGAUGUUUCAAAUAAUUUUCUGGACGGCAGCAUUCCAGUUAGCAUUGGCAACCUUACAAAACUUGAUACCUUGGAUCUUUCCAGUAACACCUUGAUGGACCAAAUUCCACAGGGGAUACUUAAAAUACCUUCCCUUACCAGACUUCUCAACCUCUCCAACAAUGCUCUCAGUGGUUCCAUUCCAACACAAAUUGGGCUCUUGAACAACCUUAUUAGAAUGGACCUCUCAAUGAAUGAGCUAUCUGGUGAAAUUCCAGAAUCCAUUGGCAGCUGUGUCCAACUGAGUUCCUUAAAUUUCCAAGGAAAUGUUCUCCGAGGACAAAUCCCACAAAGUCUAAAUAAUUUAAGGAGCCUUGAUACCCUUGAUCUCUCUAGUAACAACAUGGAAGGUCCCAUACCUGAAUUUCUAGCAAACUUCACGCUUCUAACUAAUCUAAACCUCUCCUUCAACAAACUAUCAGGUCCAGUUCCAGAUAUAGGGAUUUUCCGUAAUGUCACUAUAGUGUCACUCUCAGGUAACAGAAUGCUAUGUGGUGGCCCUCCAUACUUGCAAUUCCCUUCAUGCUCAUCUAAAGAUUCUGACCAGGUUUCCGUGCAUCGACUACAUGUCUUAAUCUUCUGCAUCGUUGGAACCUUGAUAUUCACUUUGUGUUGUAUAACUGUAUACUGGUUUACUACAAGAAGGAUGAAACUGAGUGUCACUGACAAUGUGAACCUAUUUCUCAAUGAGAUGAAUGAGAGGAUAUCCUAUGCUGAACUGCAAGCUGCAACCCAGUCAUUCUCACCGGCAAAUUUGAUUGGCUCUGGAAGCUUUGGCAAUGUAUACAUUGGAAAUCUAGUUAUUGAUCAGAAUAUAGUGCCUGUUGCAAUCAAGGUACUUAACCUUGACCAACAAGGAGCCAGUAGAAGUUUCUUGAUGGAGUGCGAUGCCCUUAGGAGAAUUCGACAUCGCAAGCUUGUCAAGGUGAUCACCGUCUGCAGUGGUUUAGACCAACAUGGUGAUGAAUUCAAGGCACUUGUUCUAGAAUUCAUUUGCAAUGGAAGUUUAGAUGAGUGGCUACAUGCAAACACAACAACACUUACCACAAGCAACGGAAGGCUAAGUUACAUGAAAAGGCUGCAUAUUGCUCUUGAUGUUGCAGAGGCAUUGGAGUAUCUUCACCAUCAUAUUGCGCCACCUAUAGUUCACUGUGAUAUCAAACCAAGCAACAUUCUUCUAGAUGAUGACAUGGUGGCCCAUGUUACGGACUUCGGCCUAGCAAAAAUAACGAAUGCUGAACCAUGCACAGAAAGCAGCUCAUUUGUGAUUAAAGGAACAAUUGGAUAUGUUGCACCAGAAUAUGGCACAGGAUCUCCGGUCUCCAUGGAAGGUGACAUACAUAGCUACGGGGUGCUGUUAUUGGAAAUGUUUACCGGAAGAAAACCAACUGAGACUUUCAACAACAGUAUGACAAAUCUUAUCGACUAUGUCAAGAUGGCCUAUCCAAAUAAUCUACUGGAAAUAUUAGAUGCUAGCUCAACUUACGAUGGAAACACCCAAGAUAUCGUAGAACUAGUUAUUUAUCCUAUAUUUCGAAUUGCUCUAUCAUGCUGCAAGGAAUCACCAAGAGAAAGAAUGAAGAUGGAUGCCGUCGUCAAGGAAUUGAACGCCAUAAAGAAGGCAUCCUCAGCUCAUGGAUAUGCCUGAUGCUGAAUUUCAAUCAACCAAGUAAUCUGGGUAUAAGUAAUCAUAUGUUCCUACAUUUGGUUAGGCCUUCUUGAGAAGUUACAGAAGCAAGUUUUUGUUUAUUAUGAAGUUCAUUAUAUAAUCACUAGCAUUAUUUCCUUUUUAUCGUGUAUGUUUAUCUCUUUCAAUUUUGUAUCUUUCUUUCUUCGCCACUGUCUCACCUACCCUCUGAAUUUACAUUUUACUCUC